CAACGGGGCGAUGCGGCCCGGCGUGUAGCCGUUGCAGCGCCAUCAUCAUGAUCAUAGAGAACGUGGACGCGCUCAAGUCCUGGCUGGCCAAGUUACUGGAGCCAAUAUGUGAUGCUGAUCCCUCAGCCUUGGCUAACUAUGUUGUGGCGUUGGUCAAGAAAGAUAAGCCUGAGAAGGAGCUGAAGGCUUUCUGUGCUGAUCAGCUAGAUGUCUUUCUACAAAAAGAAACGUCAGGUUUUGUUGAUAAACUCUUUGAGAGCCUAUACACCAAGAAUUACCUAUCUCCCAAUGAACCAGCAAAACCAGAAUCUAAAACUGCAGGACAAGGAAAAGAAGAAAUCAAAGAGGAGACAUUUCAGGAAUCUUUUGAAGAAGACCGAGAGGGCAAAAAGAAGAAAUAUACUAGCCCACAGAAAAAUCGUUCAGAUUCUAAUGAACAAAGGAUGAGAGAAAGAAAAAGAGAUGAUGGCAAAUGGAGAGACUAUGAUAGAUUCUAUGACCGGAAUGACUUGUACAGAGACAAAUAUGAUUGGCGAAGGGGAAGAAGUAAGAGUCGCAGUAAAAGCAGAGGAUUGAGUCGAAGUCGGAGUCGCAGCAGAGGUAGAAGCAAAGACCAGGAUGCAAACAAAGAACGGGAUACAAACAGAAAUGUUGAACACCGAGAGAGAGCCAAAUUCAAGUGUGAAAGGAGUGAUAUGGAAAGCUCAUAUAACCCAGCGUCUUUGUCUGCUGCUAACUCUACUGAGCAGUAUUCCUCUGGUGCACAGUGUAUUCCCAGUGCUGUUACAGUUAUUGCACCUGCUCACCAUCCUGAAAACACAACAGAAAGCUGGUCAAAUUACUACAACAAUCAUUCUUCUAAUUCGUUUGGCAGAAAUGCUCCACAAAAAAGGCGUUGUCGAGAUUAUGAUGAGCGUGGGUUUUGUGUACUUGGGGACCUCUGCCAAUUUGAUCAUGGCAAUGAUCCACUGGUCGUAGAUGAAGUGUCUUUGCCAAGCAUGAUUCCUUUUCCUCCACCACCUCCGGGACUUCCUCCCCCUGGAAUGCUAAUGCCUCCCGGACAAGGCCCUGUUCACAACAUGAGAAUGCCAGGGCCACAAGUGCAUCCUCGGCCACCACCUCCUGUCAGAAUUCCUAUGCCAAGGCCACCGUUGUCACAAUCAAGUAUGAUAAACAACCGUGACCAGCCAGGUACAACUACUGUGCCUAGCCUUGCACCUGUGGGAGCAAGACUACCUCCUCCUCUACCCCAAAACCUAUUGUAUACAGUAUCAGAACAUAUAUAUGAACCAGACGGCUAUAAUCCAGAGGCUCCUAGUAUUACUAGUGCUGGUAGAUCUCAGUAUCGACAGUUCUUCUCUAGAACACCAAUGCAGCGUCCAAAUCUUAUUGGCCUGACUUCUGGUGAGAUGGAUACAAAUCCAAGAGCUGCUAAUAUUAUCAUCCAGACUGAGCCUCCAGUUGGCAUUUUUAGUAACAAUACUAAUGUAUCCAGAGUAGUGCUUGAGCCAGACAACAGGAAGCGAGUGUCAAACACUACAGAAGGACCAUGUGCAAAGAAACCCUGGAUUGGAAAACAAGCUAAUAACAAUCAGAAUAAGCCAGGAUUCCCAAAGAAGAACCAGUAUACAAACACCAAGCUGGAAGUUCGUAAAAUACCCCCAGAACUGAACAAUAUCACCCAGCUUAAUGAACACUUCAGCAAGUUUGGAACAAUUGUCAACAUUCAGGUUGCCUUCAGAGGUGAUCCAGAAGCUGCUUUAAUUCAGUACUUAACAAAUGAUGAAGCCAGAAAAGCCAUUUCCAGCACAGAGGCAGUGUUAAACAAUCGGUUUAUAAGAGUUUUGUGGCACCGAGAAAACAGUGAGCAGCAGCCAUUGCAACCCUCCCAGCAGCAGCAGACCCCACUACCACUUCAUCACCAACUCCACCUGCAGCAACAAAUGCUGACACAGACUCCAGCUGUAAUAGUGCAUAGCAGUGUGCCAAAGGUAACAAAUAAACCGCUGACAUCGGGUUCCUAUGUCAUUAACAAGGUUCCAGUAAAACAUCGCCUUGGAGCAACUGGUGGAAAUCAGCUGGAUUCUCAACAUUUGUUGCUUAGUCAGUCCAGUGCUGCAGCAGAGGAUGCUCAGAUGUUUCCUACUUCUACUGCCCACACAAAGAUGGUGUACAGUUCCUCCAACUUAAAGACAUCCAUAAAGUCUAGUAUAGGAAAUAAAUCCCAUGAUGUCCAAGAAGUUCUGAAAAAGAAACAGGAGGCAAUGAAGCUACAACAAGAUAUGAGGAAGAAAAAGCAAGAGAUGCUAGAGAAGCAAAUAGAAUGUCAAAAGAUGCUGAUAUCAAAGCUAGAAAAGAAUAAAGCCAUGAAACCAGAGGAGAGAGCAGAGAUCAUGAAGACGCUGAAAGAGCUAACAGGAAAAAUCUCUCAGUUAAAAGAUGAAUUAAAAACUUCAUCUGCAACUUCUACAACAUCAAAACUGAAAUCUAAAACCGAGGCACAAAAGGAACUUUUGGAUGCAGAACUAGACUAUCACAAGAGACUGUCUUCAGGAGAAGAUACAACAGAGUUAAGGAAAAAGCUCAACCAGUUACAGGUGGAGGCUGCCCGUUUAGGUAUCUUGCCUAUUGGUCGUGGAAAGGGAAUGUCUGCUCAAAGCAGAGGACGAGGACGAGGUCGUGGAGGAAGAGGGAGAGGUACAAUGAACCAUAUGGUGGUAGAUCAUCGUCCCAAAGCAAUAACUAUUGGGGGCUUUGUGGAAGAGGAAAAAGACGAAUUGUUGCAGCACUUCUCAAAAUUUGGAGAUAUUGAAGGCCUUCACGAGGAGGACUCUCCUUUAAGUAUUAUUCUGACAUUCAAAUCCCGCUCUGAAGCUGAAAUUGCUGCCAACCAAGGAUUAAAGUUCAAAGACAGACAACUUCAGAUAUCAUGGCACAAACCCAAGGUACCCUCUGUGUCUGCUGAAACUGAGGAGGAGGAACCUAAGGAAGAGGAGACAGAAACUUCAGAUUUAUUUUUGCCUGAAGAUGAUGACGAUGAUGAUGAAGAUGAAGAUGAAUCUCGUUCUUGGAGAAGAUGAAACUUGAAAUUGAAUCAUAUAGUUUUAGAACUGUUCAAAGUAAAACUUUUAAAAAUUAUUUAAAGGAAGUGAAUGAGCCAAAAAUCUGUUUUGUUUUGUUUUUCUUAUAUACAAUAGAGCAAGUGUGAGUUUCAUAUAUGAACUUGGCAAAGAAGUAGCCAUGACAUUAGAUCAGCCAAAGGCCCAUUGCUCAUGCAGAGCUAUAAAGAUGGUUGUGAUCCUCUGAUAACAUUUCAUCUUGAAUUCUUCA